CCACAGAUUCACCUCAACAACCAUCACACAGACCUUCUAACAGGACACGUAACAAAUAUAACGAGCCGUUGUGAACCCUAAAUCCGUCCCUUUAAAUCACCUGUCCAGCCAAACGUAAACAAUAACAAACACCCUCCGCAUACCUGAGUGACGGGCAGGCAAGGAGGUGAGCCCGUGCAGCCAGGAUGGGCGGCCCUUCCAACUCCUCCCUGAGAAAGGCCCCGACAACCCCUCGCCACCCUGACAACACAGCGCCUAGGCCAGACUAUUGGGUCCUCCUCUAUGUACCUAACUUGAUCGGUUACAUCCGGCUCUCCCUGCUCUUGCUAGCCUUCUGUUUGCUCCAUUCCUCCUCUCCCGCUUGGUUUGUGAGCUUCUACACUGGAUCUAUUGUCCUCGACGGGUUUGACGGGUUUGCCGCACGUAAACUCCACCAGUGUUCUCUCUUUGGAGCGUGGUUUGAUGUGGUGCUUGACAAUCUGAGUCGCGGUCUUCUGUGGACGCACAUCCAUCCGCUGCUGUAUCUUGUCUCUGCCCUCGAGUGGACGACAUUCUGCUGCAACUAUAUCCUGGGAGCAGAGUGGCAGCAGACCUUCACGCAGGGCAAAAAGAAGGGCUUCAGCUACUUCAUUUCCCUCCUCAUGGCACAGAACUGGCGUAACCCCCUGGGAGUGUUGGUGAUCCUGGGGCUGCACGUGUUUCCCUUGUGGCUGUUUGGCAUCCAGCACGGGAUCUUUGCGUCACACCUCACCUUCGUGCCAUCGAGUGUACAGGUUGCCGGCCUGGUUGUGCUGGGGUGUGGGCGGGUGCUGUGUGGCAUCGUGGAGGUGUGGUGUGUCGCCUCUCACACCAGGCGGCUCUUGGUCAACUCCUCCCCAAGAUGAACGGACGUCUCAGGGGUGCAGAAUCUUCCCACACACAGCAUGAGGCCUUCUACUCAUGCAGGAAUCACGUAGCAGUAGGAAUUAUAUGUAGAAAAUAGCUCAGAAUAAUAACCUCCUAUGUACUCAUGCAGGAAUCACGGGGCAGUAGUAAGUAUAUAUGUAGGAGACUGGUCGCAGUAGUAAUCUUCCCACAUGCAGCUUGAGGCCUUGAACUCAUGCAGGAAUCACGUAGCAGUAGAAAUUAUAUGUAGACAUAGCUCAGAAUAAUAAUCUCCUAUGUACUCAUGUAGGAAUCAUGGAGCAGUAGUAAUUAUGUAGGUAGGAAGCAGGUCGCAGUAGUAAUCUUCCCACACGCAGCUUGAGGCCUUGAACUCACGCAGGAAUCACGUAGCAGUAGGAAUUAUUUAUGUAGGAAGCAGGUCACAAUGGUAAUGAUAAUAUAUGGAGGAAAUAAGAGCUGUAGAAUAGGAGAUUUUGGCCAUUCUCAUCUCAGGUAUUAUUUAAUUUUUUUUUCGAGGUGCUCCCCAUUGGUGACACAGGCGAAUUUUAUUUAUAGUGGCUGUCGGUACUAAAUGAAGCACUCAGAAUUCAAAUGGAUGCUGGUACGAUAAUGUUUUUUAUGCUCUAAGUAAGUAAGCGAUCAGCAUCUUCACUCUUUCAUCCCUUUCAUUGGUAAACUCUGGAACAUCCCCAUGCUGUCAGAAUCCCUUAUGCGGGAGUUAAUCAGCAUCUUCACUCUUUCAUCCCUUUCAUUGGUAAACUCUGGAACAUCCCCAUGCUGUCCAAAUCUCUUGUGUGGGAGUUAACCAGCAUCUUCGCUCUUUCAUUGGUAAACUCUGGAACAUCCCUAUGCUGUCAGAAUCCCUUAUGCAGGAGUUAAUCAGUAUCUUCACUCUUUUAUCCCUUCUGCUGGUAAACUCUGAAACAUCCCUGUGUUGUCCAAAUCCUUCAUGCAAGAGUUAACCAGCAUCUUCACUCCUUCAUCCCUCUUUUGGUAACAAUAUGGCACUGCUGAUGAAAUUGGCCAGACUUUCUUGUUCUAUGGCUCUGAAGGAUACAGGGAAUUACAUACAUGCAGCAAUCAGGUAGUAGUAGUAGUAAUAAUAGUAGUAGUGGUAGUCGUAAAAAUUGUACAUGACUAUAUUCUUCCAUGUCAGCCUGAGUUCAGGUCUUGUUGUAGUCUGCUGGUAACGGCCUCACGGAAAAUGCUGAAUAUUUAUUAUGCCUCCGAUGAUUUUUUUCUAUAUGCCUUUACAAUAGUUGUAUAUUAUAUUGACAAAAGUGAGGUGGAGACUGUGAGGUUCGGAUGUGAAUAUAUGUUUUAUUGACUAUAUUUAUUCUUUGGUAGGAAAAAAUUAUAGAGUUGUGUAUUUAAGAGCUAUAACAACACAAAAUACAUUUAUAUAUGAAUUUAUUUCUUUUAACUUGCCGUAUUGCUGUUAAAUAAUAAUAAUAACAGUGAUACAGAAAUUUAUACAUGAAUCUCGCUUAAUGCAUUUCUAUUUCUGUAACGACUUUUAGCAUAUUUAUAUCCAGAGGCAUGUGAGACACUCUUUUAUAAGGGACUCAGUGUGGCGUGCAUGGCCGACAGUGUUGUUGUGUAGCUGCUGUGUGUUGUGAAGGAGUGUGUUGUGUAUGGCACCAGUGUUGUGAGGGAGGGAGGCAGUCCGUCACUCUGAUCAGUGUUGGCCCUAGGCAGAUUCGGCAUCAAUCUACCUCAUGUUAGCUUUGUGAGUUUUAAACUUCACAAGGACAUAAGGAGACUUCAAACUCCAACUUCCACUCAUUAGCUCUGAGUCAGUAGGUCCUGGGGCACAUUUUUACUCUUGGAGCUUUAGGUAGAAUAUCACAACUGCCAACAGAUGGACAGUUUAUCCCAGUAGUACAAGCCACACACUAUACUAUAUUAGAACUCUUACCACGUUAUUUUAGCAUGCUGUGAGCUUACUGUAAGGUAGUGGUUCUCAGCCUGGUUUAGCCCACAGAGUCCACAGAGGCAUAGACUACCAGCUGAGAACCACUGCUGUAGGAUCUGUACACUUGCCUUGCUGCAGUUCAAGGCACAAAUCCAAGGCAGCUAAUAAGGUGCCCUGGCAGUGUUGUGCUGUACCAAACGUCCAUAUAUAAAGCAUAAGAAAAGCAUCAUCUUCCAUCCACAUUUUAUUACACCUUAUCACCUAAUAGCUGCAUAACAUUACUCAAAUAAAACCAUUGGAUCCCCACGUCAUCAGUUUAUUCGCUAAACUUAAGACUUACUGAGGAAACUGAUGGAUAGGUCGAGGGAUUAUAUUGUGACACUUAAAGUAACAAAAUAUAUAAACUUUACAGUCUAUUUACACCUUUGGCUUUGGCUACACGUAUUUACAGUAUUCAUUGAGCUGCCUAGCGUAUCUGGGUGUGACCUUUAAGGGGGGAGUAUUAAGACAUUCCUGGAACCAAACUGAAUAGAUGGCGCCACUAUAAACACUUGUCUGUGCCAUGGGCUUGGGCCAACCGCCAGGCUCCUAUAGAAAGCCUACCAGCACUAUUGGCCAGGGCGUAAAAAAAAAUAUAUAUAAAUUAGUAUAAAAAUAAAACUGGCUUGCCGGCAAAUAUUCACUGCUUGUGUUUGAGAGCGAGAGAGGCGAUGGGGAACUUAGCUAUCUGAGAGCCAUUGAAAACAGAACCCAAACAUCCAAUACUGGGGUCCUAAGAGCGACUAUAAGUUUGAAUUUCCACACACUGCAAACUUUCACAUUUUCCUAG